AUGGACCUACCACUAGUCCUAAAUACAUUUAUAAUUCUUACCCUAGCAACCCUCUCUACCCCAAUCAUUUACCCCCUACUCUCAGACAACCUCAAAAAUACCCCCACCACCAUCACUAACACUGUAAAAGCCUCCUUCCUAAUCAGCCUAGUUCCUAUAACAAUCUACAUCUACUCAGGAACAGAAAGCCUAACCACCCUGUGAGAAUGAAAAUACAUCAUAAACUUUAAAAUCCCCAUUAGCCUAAAAAUAGACUUCUACUCCCUCACAUUCUUCCCUAUUGCCCUAUUCGUGUCAUGAUCUAUCCUACAAUUUGCAACAUGAUACAUAGCAUCAGACCCCUACAUCACAAAAUUCUUCACCUACCUCCUGCUAUUCCUAAUCGCAAUGCUUAUUCUAAUUAUUGCCAAUAACUUCUUCAUCCUAUUUAUCGGCUGAGAGGGAGUCGGAAUCAUGUCCUUCCUCCUAAUCAGCUGAUGACAUGGCCGAGCAGAGGCCAACACCGCUGCCCUCCAGGCCAUCCUAUACAAUCGAGUCGGGGAUAUUGGCCUCAUCCUCUGUAUAGCAUGACUAGCCUCCUCUCUAAACACCUGAGAAAUCCAACAAAUCUCAGCACCCUCCCAAACCCCCACACUCCCCCUGCUAGGCCUAAUCCUUGCUGCAACGGGCAAAUCCGCCCAAUUCGGCCUACACCCAUGGCUCCCAGCCGCUAUGGAAGGCCCAACCCCCGUAUCCGCCCUACUCCACUCCAGCACAAUAGUGGUCGCCGGAAUCUUCCUACUCAUCCGAACCCACCCUCUAUUCAAUAACAACCAGACCGCCCUAACCCUAUGCCUGUGCCUCGGAGCCCUAUCCACACUAUUCGCAGCCACCUGCGCCCUCACCCAAAACGACAUCAAAAAAAUUAUUGCUUUCUCAACUUCAAGCCAACUAGGCCUCAUAAUAGUGACAAUCGGACUAAACCUACCUCAACUAGCCUUUCUCCACAUCUCAACACACGCGUUCUUCAAAGCCAUGCUAUUCCUCUGCUCCGGGUCAAUCAUCCACAGCCUCAACGGCGAACAGGACAUCCGAAAAAUGGGGGGCCUCCAAAAACUCCUACCAACAACCACAUCAUGCCUAACCAUCGGCAACCUAGCCCUGAUAGGAACCCCAUUCCUCGCAGGCUUCUACUCAAAAGACCAAAUCAUUGAAUGUCUCAACACCUCCUACCUAAACGCCUGAGCACUUCUACUAACCCUACUAGCUACAACCUUCACUGCAGUAUACACCAUCCGCAUAACCGUACUUGUACAAGCCGGCUUCGUACGUAUCCCCCCCUUAACCCCAAUAAACGAAAACAACCCCGCAGUCAUCUCCCCAAUUACCCGCCUAGCACUAGGCAGCAUCACAGCCGGAUUCAUCAUCACCUCAUUCAUCCUUCCAACAAAAACCCCACCCACAACGAUGCCCCCACACAUCAAAAUAACCGCUCUUAUCGUCACAGUCCUAGGAAUCCUCAUUGCCCUAGAAAUCUCAAAAAUGACCCAAACCAUAAUUCUAACAAAACAAGGUCCCCUCUCAAACUUCUCUACAUCACUAGGCUACUUCAACCCCCUAGUACACCGCUUCGCCAUUACCAAACUCCUAACUGCGGGCCAAAACAUCGCCUCCCACCUAAUCGACCUCUCCUGAUACAAACUCCUGGGCCCAGAGGGACUAGCCAACUUACAAACAACAGCAACCAAAGCUGCCACCGCCCUCCACUCCGGACUAAUCAAAGCCUACCUCGGAUCCUUCGCCCUAUCCAUUCUCAUCAUCCUCAUGUCCCUACACAGA